AUGGAAAAUUCUGCCAAUCCGAAGAAAGUAUUCUUCUGACAAAAUUUCAAAAUAAAGUACUAACCGUUUGCCGUGGAUUCAUAAGCGUGGUGUGAAAAAAAGAUGCACGGUAAUGUUUGAUUUAUUUAUGUUUUGUAAGUAGCUAUCAUAGAUCUACAGUAAAAGGUGCGUAUUUAAGAUAUUUAACAGGUUGUCAGUUUAUUUAAAAAUAAAAUUUAUAUCGAGUAAUACGUGGUGGUAGAAGGUUUAAUUUUUCUUGUAAUUUGCAAACAUUUAAAUAAGAUUUAUGUAAAGAUAUGCAAAAAUAUUUUAUCUUCAGUGUGAUAUAAUUAAUCGAAAAUGUAAUCAUGAAUAAAAUUUUCAUUUUCAACGUUAUAAAGAUUAAUAUAAAAAAAUGACGUAUAUUUUAAACGUUCAUAGAUGGAGAAUACAUUAGAUUCCGCUAGACAGUCUUAUGCUAAUACUCAGGAUGACAUGUCGUACUUAUUUGGAAGAGAUCCUAGUAUAUUAGCUUAUGGACGGAGAAUCUGUGUUUCAAAAGAAACCAAAAAAAAUUUACUUUCUGUCUACGAAACUGAAGCAGAGACUGAGAGUGAAGAAUGCAAUUACGCUGCACAAAGUGGUUCUUUGAAUUCAGAAUCAGAAAUUUUACAAACGGUUAAAGUAUACCUACGAAUGAAACCAUUUCCUAAAAAGUUAAAAUUGUCUGAAGAGCAACAAAAUGCAUAUAAAAUUAUCAAUUCAACUACUUUAUUUACAAGAUUGCCUACAUUAGAUAAUAAUACCAGUUGUCUCAAGAGAUCCAAUAGUACGGAUAUUGUGUGUAGAAAAUUUACAUUUACCAAAACCUUUGGACCAGAAACUACUCAGUUACAGUUAUUUGAACAAGCUGUGAAGCAACAAAUGAUAGAGUUUUUAGAUGGACAAAAUUCUACUAUUAUGACUUAUGGUACUACAAAUUCUGGAAAAUCUUAUACAUUACAAGGAACUACUACAUCUCCUGGCAUAAUACCAAGAUGUUUAGAAUUUGUGUUUUCAAAUAUUACACCAAAGUCUAUGCCUUCUUAUAAACCUAUAAAUCACUGUGAUGUUGUUGUUUUGGAUCCUCUUGAGCGUGCUCAAGAAUUAGAAAUAAAAACCAAGUUAUUAACACUUUUGUCUAUAGACAAAUAUCAAUACAUUAAUGCUUAUGUAGAAAUGCAAAAAUUGUUGCAAGAAGAAUCAUCUAUUAGACCUAGUCAGUGCAUUGACGCGCACUAUUCUGUCUGGGUUUCUUUUGCUGAAAUUUAUAAUGAAAUUGUGUAUGAUCUUUUGUCAAACGAGACUCAGAAAAAGAGAACACCUCUUAAAUUAGCUACAGACAGUCAAGGGAGGGCAUUUAUCAAAGGCUUAAAGACUGUUUGUGUGAAUUCUGGUUCUGAAGCUUAUCAAGUUUUAAUGGCAGGACAAUAUAAUUUGAAAGUAGCUGCAACUGCUUUAAAUGCAAGAAGUUCAAGAUCACACUGUAUAUUUACUAUCAAAUUAUUGAAAUAUUAUGUUGAGAAUGAUCCCAGUUCUGUUGAAGUUAGCACAUUUGCGUUUUGUGAUUUGGCUGGAUCAGAACGAUUGAAGAAAACAUUAAACAUUGGAGAUAGAUUAAAGGAAGCACAAAAUAUUAAUACAAGUCUUUUAGUAUUAGGAAGAUGUUUAAAAACCAUCCAUGAGGGACAGUUAUCAAAACAGAAAAUAGAACAUGUUGGACCAUUCAGAGAAUCAAAAUUAACAAGAUUGUUUCAGAAAGCAUUAUCUGGAAAAGAGCAUAUAGCUUUAAUAGUAAAUAUUAAUCCAAUACCAAAUUUGUACAUAGAAACGCAAAAUGUGCUUAGUUUUUCUGCAAUUGCAAAGAAGAUAGUUAUAGAAAAAGAGAAAAUACAGAAAAAAACUAAAUCUAGAUUUUCACAAAUAGUUACACAGAGUAUAAAAACAAUAACUGACUGGGACGCUACAGAAUUAGAGAGUGAUGAUUGGCAAGUUGAUAAUAACUUGGAUUACAUUCAACUAGAGGAUUAUAAUGAGUUAAUAAGUGAAAAUGAAAGAUUAAAAAAAGAAAUCGUUUCUUUGAAAAGUUCUGCAUUAAGUCGUGAUCUUCAGAUACGUCAAGAAAUGGCUGAUACGUAUACAUCUAUGAUGAAAGCUCUUGAAACGGAGUGGAGGAGUAGAAUUAAAAAUGUGGAAGAACAACAAGAAGAUGUACUUCACUACUCUGUAAAACAAGUUGAAGAUUUUUAUAAACAGAAAUUGGAACAACUUAGUAGUCGGAAAAGAAGACGUUCUUUUAAUAAUUCAGAUGAUAAAAAUAUUGAUGAUUUAGAAAUUGAAAAUUCACAUUUAACGUCGAAAAUUAUGUUCUUAAAAAAUAGCAUAAAAGAAUUUAAGGAGACAAAUCAAAACUUAAUGGUCGAAAAAAAUAAACUAACUUUUGAACUUGGUUUAACAAAAGAAGAUCUGAAAAAUAUAAAUAAUUUAUUAAAUGCGGCUCAAAAAGACAUCUGUUCUGAUGAAGAUACAAAACAUUAUAUAGAACAAUUAAAAUCUCAAUUGUCUAUUAAGGAGGAACAGAUUAAGAAACUUAAAAUAUUUUUGAAUGAGGCAAAACAAGAGUACAUUGAUAUUACAACUCACGGGAGAGAAAAAGAACGUAUAAUUAAUGAGCAGACAGAAGAGUUAUUAGACAAACAAGAAACAAUAGAUGAAUUAGAAGCAGAACUUGCACAUAUUAACAUAUGUUUAACAGAAGAAACUAAAGCAGCCGAUAUUUUAGAAGAAAAAUUAGAGAAUCAGAAUAAAAAGAUGCUAGAUUAUGAAAACAAAGUGCAAGAUAUGCAAGAGCAAAUUAAUAAGUUGGAAAAUGAAAAAUUAUUGUCAUUAGAUGAAUUUGAAUUAUUUAAAAAGACAGUUGUUGAUAUUGCAGAAAGUACAAAACAAGACUUAGAAUAUAAAGACAAUGAAUAUAAAGACGUUAAAGAUGAAGAUCAAAAUAUUUUCAUUGAAGCAGAUUCAUCUUCUGAACUUAAAGUAGAAGUAGUAAUAGUGAAUUCAAAUAAUAAGGAUACACAAACAGAACAUGCAUUUGAUAUUCAAAUGGAAGAAAAACUAAUUGCCAUAGACAAAGAAAAUUCUGCUUUGAAAGAAAAAUUAGUUCGAAGUACAACUGAAAUACAAAGCUUGAAGCAAGAAUUAGAAUUUGCUAAAGUCAAAUUGAAAGAUAUAUCUGAACAGAUAAGUAAUUUAAAAAUAAAUAACAUGCAAUCUAAAGAUAAUAUUAACGAUAAUGUAAAGCAGGAAAUAGUUGUAGAAACAAUAGAGAUAGGUUGCCAAGCAUAUACAGAAUUUAAUGAUAAUUGUGUACAAACAUCUAAGAACGAUGUAUUCAAUAAAAGUAGUCAGACCAUUGAAAAAGUGCAAAAAGAAGAAAUUAAUCAAACAAGUUUUAUUGAAGAAACUGAUUACGAUGUGGUAUUAGAUAAAUUAGCAAAAUUGACGGUAAAAUACGAUGACAUUAAGGCACAUUACGAAGAAAAAUGUCUGUUGUUGGAAGAAAAGAAUCAAGAAGUACUAACUUUAAAAGAAAAACUUAUUGAAGUAAAUACUGCCAAUAAGACUAAUGCAGUAGAAUAUAAACGAUCGAUUGAUUUGCUUGAGAAAGAACUUUCUUUAAUAAAGGAAGAUAAAAUGCAGAUUGAAGAGACGUUAAAAAAUACUGAUGAUAUUAAGUUUUCUUUAGAAAUAAAAAUUAGCGAUUACGAACGACGACUUAAUGAAAAUGAACAACAACUGUCUCUCGCUAAAAGUGAUUAUAAUCAGUGUACGGAAUGUUUGGAUGUUCAGGUUGCCAAAUUACAGCAGAUAGAACAUAAUCUGGAAAAUAUAACUGAGCUUCAGGAGAAGAUUCAUGAAUUAAAUAAGAGUUUAGAAAUGUGUCAAAGCGAGAAAGAUCAACUACAAAAAUUAUUGGAUGAAAAUAAUGACAGGCUUCUAGAUUUAGAAGAUCGUUUGGAACAAGCGGAGGAAAAAGAGCAAGAAAAAGAUUCUGAAAUAAUUUCUCUUCAAAAAGAAAUGAAAUGUAUGAUACAAAAAAACGAAGAAAGCGACGACAGAAGUGAUAAAUUAAUGGAACUAGAAAUGAAGAAUACAAUUAAGAAUUUAACUGAGACAAAAGAAAUGCUUUCACGAAAAGAAGAGUAUAUUGAACAAUUAGAAAUGCGCAUUAAACACAACGAACAAAAUGCCAAAAUAUUGGAUCUUUGUGCUCAAGAAAAAAAGACAGAGAACGAAAGGUUAAAAAAUAUGAAUGAAGAAUUGAAGAAUAGUCUAAUUGAGAAAGAGCGUGAAAUGGAAGCAUUUAUGAAGAACAGAGACGAGAUGGUGGCAAAAUAUGAAAGCUUAGUAAAAAGUCAACAAGAAGAGUUGGAAAAGCAAAAGCAAAAGUUAACAAAGAAUUGUUCGAAAGAAAAAGACUAUUGUGGAAAUACGUCUGAAGACGAAGUCAUUAAGGAACGCCGAUUGAGACGUCCGCCAAAGAAGUUUGCAUCGUCUCCAAAACAGGAUGAAGUUUCAGUGAUUGAUCUUUCUGGUUCUGAUUCGAAAAGUACAAAACGAAGUGCAAAACGUAAUAACUUACCAUUACCAUCUCGGGAACUUUCGGAGAAGAAAAAAAAUACCCGUAGAAAAAAAUUGUACAUUACAGAAGAUGAGUCUUUCCAAGAUAUCGAACCACUUGAGAGUACAAUAGCGAUCACGCCAUCAUUACAGACUCGCAAUUUAAGAAGUAGACGAAAAUGAUAUAUUGUAAAUAGUUUGCAAUAAUUAAGAACAAAUUAUGUAUGAACAGUAUUGUAUUUUUUAAUUGUAC